AUGGCGACCCUGGCAACAUUUGUUACUGUAGCAUUAGUUAACCCUUUACUCUACUCUCUUCUAAAUGCAUCACCCUCCAUGGCUUCAACUUUGGAGAGUGGCCUUCUCGAUUUGGUUUGCUCGAGACGACAUGGGUGGCUUAUAUGUGCACGAUGUGGGGGCCACAGCUAUGAGGGCUUCUUGUCAACUGGGGACUUACCAUUUGUCAUCAUUGAUCUGAUGAAUUUGAAUAAGGUGGAGGUUGAUAUUGCCCAAGGAACUGCUUGGAUAGGGGGUGGAACAACCCUAGGUGAGGCUUACUAUCCCAUAGCAAAAGCUAGUAAGGAUCGAUAUGGUUUCCCAGCAGGAACUUGCCCAACAAUGGGAAGUGGGGGGCACAUUAGUGGAGGCAGAUUCGGCCACAUGUCCAGCAAAUUUGGGCUUGCUGUUGAUAAUAUAGUGGAUGCAUUGGUGGUAAAUGCUGAGGGCUUCUUGAAUAGGACCGCAAUGGGGGAAGAUAUGUUUUGGGCCAUAAGUGGUGGGGGUGGUGAAAGUUGGGGAAUAGUAGUAGCUUGGAAGCUCAGCUUGCCUAGUGGUAGCACCAGAGAAGACUUGUUUAAUUGGUACUUGGUGGAUAAUUUCUUUUUCAAGGCAAAAUCUGAUUAUGUUAAGGAGCCAUUGACUCCUGGUUCUCUAGAGGGUGCUAUAACGUAUCUGGAGGAAGAGCCUUCCGGAUCAAUCAUUCUCUACCCCUAUGGUGGGAAAAUGGAUGAAAUUGAGCCAGAUGCCAUACCCUUUCCGCACUGUAAGGGUAACAUAUAUAGCAUCCAAUAUAUAAUAAAUUGGCAAACACAAGAAGAAGAAGAUUACAAAUAUGUACAUCAAAUAAAAGAUAAAGACUGUCUUCAACUAUCUCUACGCUUGAAUCGGAUCGGAAGCUUUUAUAAGUAUAUGGAGCCCUAUGUGAACAAGUCCCCAAGGGAGGCCUAUGUCAAUUACUUGGAUAUAGACUUAGGGGCUCUUAGAAAUGGAACUGCGAGGGUGGAAACUGCAAGAGAAUGGGGUAUAAUGUAUUUCAAGGAUAAUUUUGAUCGUCUGGUUUGAGUGAAGAGCCAUGUUGACCCUCACAAUGUUAGGAACCUACAGAGUAUUCCUGUCAGUGCGAAACAAGUAAUAUGA